AUGUUUCUUCUCUUCAGACGUGUAAGUAAACCAUGUCAGAGACUGGAAUUCAAUAAAAAAGUUAUGGAGUAUCUAAAAGACACAAAAGGCUUGAGUUUAAAGUUGUCAGCAAUUGGUGACUUAAACUUCACAGAAUAUGUGGACCUUGAUUGGGCGGGUGACCUCAACACUUGCAAGUAUACAAGUGGUUACUUGUUCAAAUUAGGAAACAGUCCUGUAUCCUGGUCCAGCAAGGAAAAUAUCUCAGUGGCAUUGUCUUCUACAGAGGCAGAAUAUAUCUCUGCUGCCUAUGCCAGUCAAGAAACUGUUUAG